GGCUCCCUUCGCCCGACGCUCGUCAGAGCUCGGCUCCCUUCGGCGGAGCUCGGUCGCGGCCCCGGAAGGGCUCCCAUGGAGCCGGUACCGUCGGCUCGGCCGACAGCUAUGGCGCCGCUGCUGGAGUACGAGCGGCAGCUGGUGCUCGAACUGCUGGACGCCGAUGGGCUGGUAGUGUGCGCCCGCGGGCUCGGCGCCGAUCGGCUCCUCUACCACUUCCUCCGACUGCACUGCCACCCGGCGUGCCUGGUGCUGGUGCUCAACACGCAGCCGGCCGAGGAGGAGUAUUUUAUCAAUCAGCUGAAGAUCGAAGGAGUGGAACAUCUCCCUCGCCGCGUCACAAAUGAAAUCACAAGUAACAGUCGCUAUGAGGUCUACACGCAGGGAGGGGUGAUAUUUGCAACGAGUCGAAUACUUGUCGUUGACUUCUUGACUGAUCGAAUACCGUCAGAUUUAAUCACUGGCAUCUUGGUGUACAGAGCCCACAGGAUAAUCGAGUCUUGUCAAGAAGCAUUCAUCUUGCGUCUGUUUCGCCAGAAAAACAAGCGUGGUUUUAUUAAAGCUUUCACAGACAAUGCUGUCGCCUUUGACACUGGUUUUUGUCAUGUGGAAAGAGUGAUGAGAAAUCUUUUCGUCGGAAAGCUGUACCUGUGGCCAAGGUUCCACGUAGCCGUAAACUCCUUCUUAGAGCAGCACAAACCUGAAGUUGUGGAAAUUCACGUGUCUAUGACGCCCGCCAUGCUCGCCAUACAGACCGCCAUCCUGGACAUCUUAAACGCGUGUCUCAAAGAACUAAAGUGCCACAACCCAUCGCUCGAAGUUGAAGAUUUGUCUUUAGAAAAUGCUAUUGGAAAACCCUUUGACAAGACAAUCCGCCAUUAUCUGGAUCCCAUGUGGCACCAGCUUGGAGCCAAGACUAAGUCCUUGGUUCAGGAUUUGAAGAUAUUACGAACUUUGCUGCAAUAUCUCUCUCAGUAUGAUUGUAUCACAUUCCUUAAUCUUCUGGAAUCUCUGAGAGCGACAGAGAAAGCUUUUGGUCAGAAUUCAGGUUGGCUCUUUCUUGACUCCAGCACCUCGAUGUUUGUUAAUGCUCGAGCAAGGGUUUAUCAUCUUCCAGAUUCCAAAAUGAACAAAAAAAGCAAAAUGUCUGAAAAAAUGGAAAUUAAAGAAGUGCAAGAAACAAAAAAGGAAUUGGUCCUGGAAAGCAACCCGAAGUGGGAAGCUCUAACUGAAGUGCUGAAAGAAAUUGAGGCAGAAAAUAAGGAAAGUGAAGCUCUUGGUGGUCCAGGUCAGGUCCUGAUCUGCGCAAGUGACGAGCGGACGUGCUCCCAGCUGAGGGAGUACAUCGCCGUCGGGGCAGAGGCCUUCCUGUUGCGGCUCUACCGGAAGACCUUUGAGAAGGACAGCGAGGCCGACGACGUGUGGGCGAAACUUAGGAACGAGGACGAUGCGAAGAGGGCGGCGAAAUCGAACAAAAGGCCUAAAGACGCGCACGCCGGGCGGAGGGCCGCCGCCAGAGAACGCGCUGCCCGGAAGCAGCGCCGGUUAACGUUAACUCAGAUGCUGGGCAAGGCUCAGGGACCGGAAGCGGGGGGGGGCGCCACGGAGGGCUGUCCUGGGGACGCGGGCAGCGGCCCCGAAAGCCCCUUGGAAGAAUUCCAGCACGAGGAGCCGGCUGUCAACGUGUCGUCCGACGCCGCUUACGGGAUCCUGAGAGACCCGCUCACCGUCAUCCACCCGCUGCUGGGCUGCAGCGACCCCUACGCGCUGACGCGGGUGCUGCACGAGCUCGAGCCGCGCUACGUGGUUCUGUACGACGCCGAGCUGACGUUCGUUCGCCAGCUUGAGAUUUACCGCGCCGGCCGGCCGGGGAGGCCUCUCAGGGUUUACUUCCUUAUAUAUGGAGGUUCAACGGAAGAACAGCGCUAUCUCACUGCUUUGCGGAAGGAAAAGGAGGCUUUUGAAAAACUUAUAAGGGAGAAGGCGAGCAUGGUUGUCCCUGAAGGGAGAGAAGGGAGAGAUGAGGGGAACCUGGAUCUGGUGAGAGGCUCCCUGUCCGCAGGCACGUCCACCGACACUCGUAAAGCAGGUGGCCAGGAACAGAACGGCACGCAGCAAAGCAUAGUUGUGGACAUGCGUGAGUUCCGCAGCGAACUCCCGUCUUUGAUCCACCGUCGGGGCAUUGACAUUGAACCAGUGACUCUGGAGGUCGGAGACUACAUUCUGACCCCAGAAAUGUGCGUGGAGCGCAAGAGCAUCAGUGAUUUGAUUGGCUCUUUGAACAACGGCCGCCUCUACGGCCAGUGUAUCUCCAUGUCCCGCUACUACAAGCGCCCGGUGCUCCUGAUUGAGUUUGACCCCAGCAAGUCCUUCUCGCUCACGUCCCGAGGCGCCUUCCACCAGGAGAUCUCCAGCAGUGACAUCAGUUCCAAACUCACCCUCCUCACGCUUCACUUCCCCAGACUCCGGAUCCUCUGGUGCCCCUCGCCCCACGCCACCGCCGAGUUGUUCGAGGAGCUGAAACAGAACAAGCCACAGCCCGAUGCGGCCACGGCCAUGGCCGUCACAGCGGAUUCGGAAACCCUCCCAGAGUCAGAGAAGUAUAAUCCUGGCCCCCAAGACUUCUUGUUAAAAAUGCCGGGGGUCAAUGCCAAAAACUGUCGCGCCUUGAUGCACCACGUCAAGAACAUCGCGGAGCUAGCAAGCCUGUCCCAAGACGAGCUGGCAGGUGUCCUGGGCAAUGCCUCGAACGCGAAACAGCUCUAUGACUUCAUCCACACCCCUUAUGCCGAGGUUGUGUCGAAAGUGGUCAAACUGAAGAGCAGAGAGGUUAAGUCAUUUGCCCUGGGUCACCCAGCAGUAAAUGAUGGAACCGUGAUUUGAACCCAGUCUGACUCCAGAGCCCAUGAUGAAACGCUGGUGGUGAGUGAUGGGGGAAGAGAGGCUUGUGUCCACUUUCAAAUAAUUACAAAUAUGUCACAGAAAAAGCAAAUUGGUUUGUUAAUCGUGCCUCUCUUAGUUAAUAGUGUCAAAAGCAAGUAUGUAAAAUUUGGAAAUAGGUCAAAGAGAAUACUGGGUACCCUUUCUGUAUAAAACUGGAUGGCAUUGGGCUGCCUGGCUCGCUCAGUCAGUGGAGUAUUCCACUCUAGGUCUUGGGGUUGUGAGUUGAAGCUCCAUGUUGGGCUCCAUGCUGGGCACGAAGCCUACUUAAAGUAAAAAAUUAAAAAGAGCUGGAUGUUAUCUAGUAGCAUAUGCUCCCUGGGGGUUAUCUGAUUUUCCACGGCUGCGGCUGCAUACCUCUGUGUCGCAACUCUAUGAGAAGAGAGGUUAGCUUGUAGAAAACCCAACAGCAAUACGAGUGAUUCCUGUUCACUAGUGUUGCAAGGUUAUUGCCUAGUGGGACAUGAACCAGUUCUACGUUUAUUAGCAACUUCAUUUCCACAUUCAUUUGACUAGCUACGAAUCUCGGGAUCUUUAAUUUUCUUUUAAAUCCGUCUUAACAUCUUACUGGUUUCCUCAUGCAUUGAACCUAAUAAAA